CGGAAAUAUUCCACGGACAUGUAUGUUUAUGUAUCGCACCAGCAUUCGUGAGGGCCGGCCGCAGAUUCUGAAAAUCAUCGACGUACGGCGCUUCACGCUAGGACCUAUUCAUGUGUAAGCGUUUCGACGGCAGGAAAGUGCAGGGAAGGCGUUGACUUGCUCAAAGUACUUGAUUCUGCCGUUCUUGACUCGUGCACGUAUUAUGGGCAUGGUCAAGUCCAAGUCGAUAACCUGUUAAAGCUGGACAGCUGUGUCGUUUUAGGAAAACAUGGAUCCAGACCUUAAGAAACUGUACGCCCGUGCUAUUGACACGCCGGCUGGCAAAUGUUUUUGCCUUGUUAUGUCGGGGGCUGAUGUGGAUGGCGACGGAUUUGACGUGACCGUCUUCCAUGCACGGAGCUUAAGGACAUACGCCGGGAAAAACCUCCGCGCUCCCCCCCGAUGGAUCAAACCCGACUUGUGGAUGCCCCUGGCGCUGCGGGCCCUGGCCACCGAGACGGCGCCCGAGGGCGUUCGUUUCAACUUCAACCCGGACACCGGAGCGCUGUCCUGGACCUGGCCCGCCAAGGAGGUGGGCAUGAGUGCGGGGGCCCAGCAGGCGGUGAUGCUGAAGAGGGUGGAGCUGGGGGUCGGGGCAGGUGUCGGUGGCGGUGGCGGUGGCGAGGGGGGCAAUGGCGGCAGUGCCAGUACCAGUACCAGUACGCCCCUGGAGGACAUGAUGGCCACAGUGUGGGAGUCCUGCUACCGACUGAUGGUGUCCUGCCGGCAGCUGGAUUCCCAGCUUCAGCGCCAGUCGGACUGCCUGAGCCGCACCCGGAGGGAGCUGCAGGACUGCACGGAGAGACACAAGAGCCUGGUGCAAGAGCUACACGUCAAGUUUGCGCGAGUGCUGGAUGCCAAGAAAGACAAGCUCAUAGAGCAGCGGGCUCGCAUCCAGGAGUUGGAGGAGCAACUCGCGGCCGCAAAGCAGGAGCUUGAGCUCCUGAUGGCGGAGACGCAGCCAGCUACGCGCGUGGCGCCACUUCCCGCCAGCGCCCAGCCAACGCCUCUCCUACUGCAGCCGCAGCAACCGUUGCCGCCUCCGCCACCGCAGCAGCAGUUCUUGUUGCAAUCUGGCCAGGGCACAGUCUUGCAGCCCUUACUGGGGGGUCCAGGAGGGGAUGGGGCAGGUAGAGGAGGUGGGGGAGGAGCGGCGCCGCGCUCAUCGGAGCCGGGUCAAGCAGCUCGACAGGGGGAUUCCACGGUGCUCAAGCCGGAUGGCGCCGGACCCAGCGGCGGGUUCGCCAUCGCCGCCGCCGCCACCGGUCGAGAUGGGCCGAGUAGUACAAUUGCCGGCAUUCGCCACAACUAUAUGUACUCUGACGCCGCUGGUCCACUUCAUGAUAGACCACAUGGCAAGAAACACACACAGACGGGCCAACAACACAUGUAUCCGAAACAUGAGCCUCCACGAGCCGCAUGGGAGGUGCACACGAAUAUCUUUACAGGUGGAAUAAAAAAACGCCGCAGAUUUGUCCAUGCUGUUAUUGGAGGUGGCCGUUAUUGGAAUAACAUUGAGCGCAUGGAACAGCGUGGCCGUGGGCGCCAAGGACCACAAGGCGAAAAAUGGAACCCUGCGAGCUGCCAGGAAGUUUUUAGCUGGCUCGCAGAACGAAAGUAAAAUAACACCAACAUAAAACGAAAGCCAACACGAAAGGCGCAAUUUCACGUGCGGCGAUCUUAAACAACAUAAAGCACCGUAUACAUCAAUUUAUUUGAAAUACAACCGUUCACAAUACUUUUGUGCCGCAGUUUCAGUUGACCAUCGAGAAUUAAUCCACAACACGGAGGCACUCAGAACCAAAUCUUGGAGACAUUGUACGGCACGUCGUACGCACUCUUAUGUCAGGAAAUUUGGCCCCAAGAAAUCUUGCUAUGAGCGUUCAUCAUCGCACAGAUGACGUAAAAAUGACUCUCUAAUCUUUCGCUCGCAGAGGAGGCCGCGUCCCUCGCACUACAAUGUCGCGUCGUACAACUGAAGCCUCGACAAAGUACGGAGUGCGUACGGAUUCUUAGGGUUUGGACGAGAUGCUAAAUGAUGUGACAACGAGACCUUGUACCUGACCACCACCACUUCCCACAAAUCCAACCAAGACCUCCAUUACAACCAAAACCUGAAACCGAAAACCGCCACCGGGACCAAAUCUUGGCCAUCAGGUCUUCAACACCGCUGCUGCUGCCUACAGAACGUUUGCCGCUGCAGUAGGCCCUGGUAAAAAAUUCAACGGUACCCUCGCUGCAAUUCGAAAACCUAGUAAUCAAAGGUGACGCCCGGUGGGGCCCAACAAGCCCAACAACAUCCUCUCAGACAGCCAUAUGCAAAGAAUACAAUAGUCCUUGUGCAGGACGGCCCAACCAUCAUCAAAACACGAGAAAAAACCAGGAAAAUCAUCAUCAUGCGUUCCACCUUCGUUCCUUCCUUCCUUCCUCCUUGCACAAUUCCAAUCGCCUAUCAACCGCCGCGGUCGGCAGUCGCAAACUGCACCGAUUUCCAAACCAGCACCUCCGAUAUCCAUAAUCAUUCACAACAUAUCCAUAUAUCCACUUCCUCCUCCUAACUUAUUGAUCAAUUCCGCAACCUGCCAACCCGGCCAUGAACACCCCG